AUGGAUCACGAUCAAAAGUUACUUCUCGUAAUUCUUAUGUACCUGUACAUCCGUUUGUUUUGGAAGAGGGGUGUGAAACGAUUGCGGGAUAAUGAUUCGGAAAUGACAGGACAUGAAUACACAUUGGAGUUGUUACAUCGUAAUCGUUUACAAUGUGUUGAAGUACUACGCAUGUCUCUUGACUCUUUUGUACGACUAUGUGCUCAUUUUAGAGCAAAUUAUUCAUUAAAGGACAGCAAACAUGUAUCGGUUGAGGAAAAGAUGGCCAUGUUUUUGAUGAUGAUCGACCAUAAUCAACGUUACGUGAUUAUCAAGCGGAGAUUUCAACACUCGAAGCAAACAAUUCAUAAAUUUUUUUAUGAAGUGUUGGAAAAAAUGAUGCUUUUCGCACAAGAUGUUAUAGUACCAACUUCUUUUAAUCCGAAUCCAAACAUUCCAGGACAUAAUAGGAGGCUACGACGGGUUUUCAAAGGGGCGGUCGGUGCACUUGAUGGUACUUUGAUACAUGCUGUUGUCCCUGCUAAGAAACAAGACUUAUAUAGAAGUAGGGGAAAGGGAGACUGCUACCAAAACGUAUUGGCAAUUUGUGACUUCAAUAUGAUUUUCACAUUUGUUGUGGCCGGGUGGGAAGGAGAGAAGGAAUGA